AUGCAAUCUGCCGAUUUUUGGGACGAGCUCGAAGAGCUCUACGGCGAACCAGUCGACGAUCUCACAAUCACACCCCGAGCCUGCAUCCGAUGCAACGUAGGUCGAGCUCAAACCCCAUACCCAUGGCCACUAAUUGUAGUCAAUGAAUGGAUCAGCGAGAACCACCUCCUCUGGUCCCUAAGCGCCAGCCUCGCAGAAACCGGUCUCGACGAACAAUGGACUCAGACCUUCAACGCCAGCUUCUCCGAGUACUGGACUCAGAUCCAGGACGUUAUAAAUCGUACAGAGCCCGGUGCCGCUCGAUCUUUGCUAAGCAUCCCUAAGCCGCCCAUCGAGGUAGCAUUCUUCACACAUACAGUUGGGAGGGUGAAUAACAACUUUGCCAUCGUUUCUACGCCUCCCGAUACGCGCGCCGGAGCGGGUCUCUUGAAUCUCUUGGGAUAUGUAUAUCAUGAAGGUAUUCCCCUAGAUGACCACUUUCAUGUAGCUCUCUGCAACGGGCGUGUGGCUGCGCGCAUGUUUGACUUACUUAUGCCCUCCCCACAGGACUUAGGGUGGCUACCGGGCUCGUCUGGGUAUACGGAGCUUGAGACGGUGCCUCCUCCUCCUUAUAGUGAGGACUCUCCUCUACCUCCUGAUUACUCUCCGUGA